UCACGAAUUUCCUCCCAAGACACAAUAAGAUGUUUUUCUAAAAGGCAUCUCAGAGAGCCGUCCCUGUCAUGACCCUGAACCAUGAGCUCCCAGCAGCAACAGUCCACCAGUGCCAACACGCUCACCACAUCAGCCCACCGCAGCACCCUUGCACAGAUUCAGGGGACUACAUAUGGCCAGAGCUUCAGUGGUAGUGAGACUGAUGUGAGCACGUCGACGGAGAACCUGAGUCCUGAGGAGAGAUACGCCUUGGAGCACACGCAGCGACAGGAGCCUCAGGGCCAAGAGAAUGUUGGCAACACUGUCAACAGCAUGGCCAACUCACAGAUCUGCCGUGUGAAUACUCCGGUGACCAGUGUAACAACUGUAGCUCCUGCCACGAGAUCCAAUGAAUCUAAUGCAUCUAUUUGUAGUAGCACAAAUACAUUGAUCAUUCAUAACAAUGUGUCUGAUGAUCCAUGGCAACACAGGUGGUUGCCAGGUGGAUACUCCACUCCCAUGGCAGGAAGAAAGUCAGUACCCUCCAAUCUGCAUGACAAUCAAGAAGGGGCUGCCACUUACAACAGCCAAGUGCACAAACUGAAUAUGGAAUCUCUUAAUCUUAACUCAUCUCUACUUAACUCAUCUGUACUCAACUCAAGCCUCAUCUCCUCAUCCCUGUUGAAUUCCUCGGUGCUCGACUCGUCCGCACUCACACAGAAGACAGCUGUACCCUCUUACCUCAGUCAGAACAACAUCCUUGGCUCUUCCAAGCUGUCCCACACUGCUGCUACAGACCUGCCAGACAUCCCCUCCUCAUACCUGGAUCAGUCUGAGGUUCUGAAGCACCUCCUGGGUCGGGAGGGAAAGGGUGGCCACAGUGACCAGAGUGCUUCCAGCUCCAAUAGUGGUAUCAACCUCCUCACAGAGAAUGCAGGGCCAUUUGGGCGGGACCUCUCCCAGAUGCCCCUGCAAUACAACCCAGUGGAUGCCGGCCCCAACUACGAUGUGGUUAACCUACCACCUCCCCCAGCUUAUCCAAUCUGGCGGCUCCAGGAGUCGGAGAAGCAGGAGCAGCAGAUGGAAAUGGCCAAGCACGGCAUUGAAAAGUCCAACCUGUCAAAGUCACAGCCUGAUCUGACCAAGUUGGGCAAUGCCAAGGAAGCCACAAGUCCCAAGGAGUUGCUUAGUCAGAGGAUCGUAUCUGGGCAGACAGACCAUGCAGAUGGUCACCUACAGGAAAUGGCUGACAUUUUGGCUCAGGAGAAUAAAGCCCUAAAGAUGGAGAUUGAUAUGUACCACAGGAAGGUGGCCAAACUACAGAGGUUUGAAAUAGAAAUCAUCAAGGUACACGAGGCACACGAGGGGCUAGUGAAACUCUCCGAGCGGCGAGAACAGCUAGAGAGGCUUGCCCGGCAUAAAUUGCAGGCCGAGGUGAAGAGGCUGACCGAUCUGAAUGCCGACCUAAAGGACCAAGUAGAUGUACUUUCCACGCAAAUUGCCAACCGGGCCAUACCCACCGACAACACCGAUGCCCUGCGCAAAGAGCUCAAUAAGCGGGACGUGUUUAUCGCUCAGUUGGUUUCUCAAAACAAGGAGCUUAUAGCAGCUAAAGAAAGACAGGAAAUUGAACUAACAGCCCAAAGGCAGACUUUGAACGAACAGCGAACGCACAUUGACAUUCUAGACUCUGCUCUGACAAAUGCCCAAGCUAAUGUGGUGAAACUCGAAGAAGAGUUACGUAAGAAACAGAAUUUGGUGGAGCAGGCAGGACAGUUGAAACGCCUCUUAGUUUCCCUACAACUGGCAGCUGACCGAAGAGAGCAAUCAGAGAAGAACUUGCGCCAGAGAUUGGAGAAGGAGAUUGAACAACUGCGGCUCGGUGUGAGACAGGAGGAGCCGGCAAGCAAACUGAGCGAUCUUCGGCGAGAGCUGCGCGAGAAGGAGGAGAAGAUCAUGGUGCUGGAAGGAGAGGUGACCAAGUGGGAGCAGCGCUACCUCCAGGAGUCUGCCAUGAGACAGCUAGCUAUUGACGCGGUGUCUCUGCCCAAGGAUGCUAAGAUAGCAGCCCUGGAGAAGACAAGCCAGGAGAGUGAGCGGCGCAUCGCCCAGGCCAAGUCAGAGAAACUGCGGCACAUGGACGAGAUACACAACAUGAACAAGAAGCAGACGGAGUACGAAGCGAGGAACCGAGAGCUGGAGAGCCAUGUGGCUGAGAGAGACGCUAUGAUUCGUGUGCUACAGAAAAGGGCCGAGGAGAAGGAGGCCAUGUACCAGAAGGCACUCAUGCGGAAUUCUCUGGUGGCAGGGAAAGGCUUGGAAGGCAGAAGCAACAGCAACAACAACAGUGUGGUUCACAGUACCCAGGCUUCCACUGUGCAUUCUCACACAAGCAGUGGACUGGGAGGGGCAGCUGGGGGCUCUAGCACCCCUGGAACGCCAAGACGAGAUGAAGAGCUUGGCUGUGCCCCCCCUCCCAUCCCCCCCUUCCCUGCCCUGAGCCACCCUUCUGGCACGAGCGCCACGUCGAAGGCUAGUGUCCCCAACCCCUACUUGGAACUGGCGUCAACUUCCUUCCCUUCAACAUCCCUCAUUUCGACAUCGUCAGCCUCGUCCACUUCCUCCGUCUCGGCAGCGGCAGCAGUGCAGGAGAACCAAGCUGCUGGAGGGCGGGGCAGGCUUAGGGAACAAGUCGGUGACAGGUUGAGAGCAGACAGCUGUGGACGUGCCAGGCGGUCACCCGUGCCUGUGCGCGACCUGGAUUCCCACUCACGCAGCUCCGAUGACCUACUGGUUGACAACGAGGAUGCGAAGCAAGGGAAACUGCGUGUGGUGUGUUUUCCAGGAUUGGCUCAUCCUGGCGUUGCAGCUGGAGAAGGCCCGGUAUCCCAAUCACUACUGGAGUGUGUAGAUCCCGGCCCAGCCCUGGUCCCCCACACUCACCGUCCUGCCAGUGACAUGCCUCUCAUGGGGUUGGGCAUGGACUCCUCCUCUGUCAUGCGGCCAUGUAGUGACGUGCCUGUCCUUUCCUGUCCACCUUACGAUCCCUUGCCCUCAUAUCCAAUGGAAGGGGUAGGUAGCAUUCCUCUCCCACCCCCGCGUGACUUUUCCUCCAUGGUUCCUCAGCAGCCGCAGCAACAGGCACAACUUGGGCAGGAGUCCAACUUGCAGACAAUCCCAGUCUUACCAGCAGCUCAACCUCGUGGCGACCCCCCUCCAUACCAUGGUCGGCAUGAAGUUCUUAGCCAGCAGUUGCGGGGGCCUCAGAUGCAAUCUCCAGCUUUGGCACCAGAGCAAGGCACUGCAGCUGCCAUGCCUGGAAGUCCACCCAUGACUCCCAACAGGCGUAUAGGUCCCAACAUGUCUCCCAGCACACCAAACCUUGCCACUGAAAUGCCAGUGCCUCGUCCUGCCAUGUGUCGUAAUCCUCAUCACCCAACUGUUGCAUGCAGGAAGUGUAACAGUGUCCGCAGCAGCAAUAGACAGAAUGCUGCCAUCCUUGUCCGUCGAGCCAACUCAAGUGCUGGUCAAACCAACAGGAAUUCAGCCCCAUUGCCUGCAUGCCAGUCUGUUGUGGAUACAGAUGAUGCUCCAAGUAUAUUAGCACGCUUGCGACGUGAGUGGGAACUUGAGAACAAUCAGGCGAGUGGCAGUAGUUCACAAAUGCAGAAUUUAUCUCCCCAAGUGUCAGAACAGAGGCAGCCCUGCCAGACUGGUAAUUCUAUGGAGAAUGGUCCACAAAACCAGUCAGCUGCUCAAACAUCACAGGAGACCAAAGAAGCUAUAAAGAUCCAACAACAGCACCAAAAGCAACCAUCACCAUCAAAGAUACAGUCAGCACAAGAAUUUGGAGAUAACCCCCAAUGCAAAAAAGGUCCAGCUACAAAGAAUACAGCCAAGAAUUACCAGCAGCACAGCCAGCUCUCACCCCAUUCACACACAUCUAGAGAAAAGGCUUUUGAUCAGCAGCAGCAAGCAUAUGCUUCUGUGCAUAACACUAGACCUCCAGACCAACCACCUGUAUCAUUAUCAGCUGUAUCUGUGUCUUCAGUAAACAUACCUCAUUCUAGUCCUGUUCCUAAUCAAAUGCCAGCUAAACUUCAUUCUCCUGGUCCCACUACUUGUUCUCGAUCCCAGAAUGUGCCUGAAAAUACAACCUCAAACAAACCGGUUGUAUCUACUAAUAAUGUCACACUAUCUGAAAUUAAGAAUAGCAUCACUUAUUCUGUGAAUAAUAAGACAACAAAUCACAAUCAAAUUAAUAAGAAUAAUGAUAUUAAUAAUUCGAAUAAUAACCAAGAGGAAAAAAUUGAAUUGAUCAUCCUAGAAGAUACAGAUCACCUGAAAGUUCCAUCCAGUAAUGGAAACAUAACAGAAUCAAUACAGGAUAUCAUAUGAUAUUUAAAAAAGCAUAUUGAAUUAAAUACUAACUAGAUCAUCAUAAUGAUGAUUUGGUAACUUGCUGUGCCAAGACAAGCCUGGGUAUGCAGAACCCACCAACCUCUGGGUAUGCAGAGGUAAACUGGCCUCGCUUACUGGCCUCAGCUCCUGUGUCUGGGGUGAUCCUUGUGACACCAGUAAUGGGUCAGUGCCAAUCUAGGGAGAUUAGGCAAGCAGAGAGCCCACUCAGACUCUCUCUCUCUCUCUGUCUUCAGUGCCUUGUGGGCCUACUCACAAAGAAGGCUGAUGGUCCUGAAGCAUGUUUUAACAUGGCAUGGAACUGGGACACUAGUUUCCUCAAGUCUCAUGUUGAGGUGAUGUAUUUCACUAUGGCUUACAGGAAUUCUUCUCUAAAUUUAAUCCCCAUGUUUACACAUUUGAGGCUUGGAAUGAGAAGCCUCUCUUCCCUUUUUUUUCUGUCUCUCUCUCUCUCAUUUUCUGUGGUCAUCCUCUUAAUCUUCUCCUUUUCCUUGCAGUUCUUUCCAUAUUUUUUUCACCAUGGAGCCUUUCACAUCAGUAACUCCAUUUUACCACAAGAAAUCUCAUUUCUCAAGACAUUCAUUGGCUGUGUUGGGAGAGUCUUUAUGCUGGUUAUAGAUGAUAAAUAUAUGGUCAUUGUCACCAUUCUGUCCAGUGUAUAUAUAUCUAUAAAUAUAUAUGUAAAGGCUGUGAUGAGUACUGAAGCCAUUCACCAUCAGCAUUAUAUCUUUCUUAUCCAAUACUUAAAGAUCUGAGGAAGUAGACAGGAAGGUGUGUAUCAGAGGUGCCAUGACAAUGCGGUGAAGUUUAGGAGAUUUUGUGCCAUUGCCUUCCAUGUAAUGGUGUAUAUUUACUAAGGAAUAUUCUAACUUUGGUGCUAUUAAGUGUCACAUAAGUGUCCAUGUAAUGAUUAAGAGUAGGAUGUAUUUUUCUUCUAGUAUCUAUUUUUUCUGCAUGUAAUAUAACUUCAGUAUGUGCUCUCUCUACAAGUGUGUGUAUAUACAUUAUAUAUAGGUAUAUAUUUAUAUAUAUCUACUUAUUAGUCGUAUUUAAAAAGAUGAACAAAAUUGUUUUAUAGGGAAUACAGAUCUUGGACUAAUAAGAGGAAAAUUUAAGGUAAAAAAAAAUAUUGCCAUACACAAUAGUGCAUCCUAUAACCAAGACUGGAACUUGGUAUUAAUAUAAACAAACUAUUGAUUUAUUCUUUGGAUAUGAAGCAGCUCUUAGUUGUAUACAAUCAGAUAUUUUAGAUAGAUUGUAGGAUUUUCUAAAAACAAAUAGUCAAAAAAAUGAUUGCCUUGUGUAGGUAUCUGUGCAAAUAAUAAUUUUGUAUUUAUUAAUGUACAGGUGCUCCUGUAUUUUUUUAUUUACAGUUCAGGAGGUUCAUGCAACUACUUUUAUGCUCCAUAUUUAUGCACAUAUUGAGAUAGCAGUGGCAACUUUUUGUGCAUAUGGUUUCAUGUAGUUUGGUGCAGUUUGUAUGCAGUACCUGUGCAGCUCAUCUAAGAAUGUGAACUAAUUAGCAAAAGUAUAUAGACAUAGAAUAUUGAAAUCUGAAUUGUCCAUAUUGAGUGAUAAAGGGUUCCAGAGCUUAAGAAAUGUUAACAUUGCAGCUUUCUGCAGCUUUUGGUCACUUCUUGAAAGGAGUCUUGACAAGCAGCUGUGUGUGUAAGUCCUGGAGCAUAUACACUGACUAGUAUGUGCGACAUUGUAAACAAAAAUUUUGAGAUGUUUGCGGAGAGGAAAUUUUGAUGUAGGUAUGCAUGUCAGUUCAGUUAUUGUAUUUUUUAAAUCACAUUUGCAAGCUGUGCUAUGCAUUUGUGGUCAGCAAGUCCAUUGUAAUAGAUUUGUAUAACAUGGGAUAUUUUUUUCAUGUGAGAGUAGCCACUAGGUUCUCAGAAUAUGAGUGUAAUGGAGCAGAAGGUCACUGAUUGUACUUAAAAUUAGCUGCUGAAUAUCCUGAGAUAACAAAAAGUUAUUAUUAACAUUGGUUUUAUGUUCCUGCUUCAACCAAAGAAGUUGUCUGUUAGGAGGCCUUAAAAGUUGCCUGUUUGUAUUGUAGUAUAAUUCAGCGAUAUAGAAAUUCUUGCUUUUGUGAGUUUCUGUAGGAGUUACCAUUUAGAGAGAAAUGAGAAUCAGGUGAAAUUUGCAGCUAUUUCUUUCUAAGAGUGGAAAUGCUUAUUACUAUUAAUAUUAUUAUUAUUUAUGAUUAUUAUUGAUAUUAUUAUUAUAAUUAUUAUAAUUGUUAUUAUUAUUAUUAUUAUCAUUAUUAUUAUUAUUAUCAUCAUUAUUAUUAUUAUUAUUAUUGUUAUUGCUGUAAUUAUUAUUACUAUUAUUAUUAUUAUUAUUAUUAUUAUCAUCAUUAUUAUUGUUAUUGUUAUUAUUAUUAUCAUUAUCAUCAUCAUCAUCAUCAUAACCAUGAUCAUUAUUAUUUUUAUUUUUUAUUAACCAUUAAAAAUUAUUAUUAUUAUUAUUAUUAUUAUUAUUAUUAUUAUUAUUAUUAUUAUUAUUAUUAUUAUUAUUAUUAUCAUCACCACCAUCAUCAUCACUUAUGAUUAAUGAAUUAAGUAUUAUUUAAUUUAUUUAUGUUUAUUAUCAUUUUUCAUGGUGAGGCUUGCAUACAGAAUUGUAAGCUAAAUGUGACUUGACAAUCCUGAUGACGCAGUGCAUUUUUGCACAAGUUUAAGCUUAGGUUAUAAUGGUCUUUCUCUUACAUAUUUCAAGAUAAUGUUUGAUUUAUAGAGUAAAAGAUGUUAGGGUAAUACAUGCAGAAAAUAUCAUAGUUUUGAAUUAACCCAUAUAUUGAUACCUACAGUAUUCAUGUUGUAAGACACCCUGUGCUUGAUUUGAAGAAUCGGCCUUCAUUUUAUCGUUAUUUUUAUCUUUUCUUUUUUAAAGCUGCACACAGAUACUCUUAGCUUUGUCCAGGUUCAGAAUAUGGUUGUUCUUACAAUUAGUAUAAUUCAUGAACUUUUUUGUUUUUUUUUGUUUUGUUUGUAGCCCCAUGAACUAUUUUGACACUUGGUUUUGUUUUUUGAGUUCUUGAUUUUAGAGUAAUGUAAACAUAUUAGGAUUCAAAGUUUCUUACAGAGUUUUUAAGUUUCCGAGACUAAAAAAAGGCAAAACAAAAUAAAAUAGUUAAAGCAUAUUUAAAAGGAAAAGUUUGAUUUGCAUGUGUUUCCAAAGUUGAAGUAUCCAUAUGUUGAAGAAAUAUAUAUAUCAAGCCAUCAAUGUAAUAGAAUUGUUAGUUACUUUAUUGUGCUUUCAUUUUAGCUUCAGAUUCAGUUAGAUAUUGUUUUAUGUAUUUCCGUUUAUUAACUUAUUUUUUAUGAAUACACAAGAAAGGUGAAUAUAUGCAUACCAUGUAUAUAGACACUGAAGGUGACUAUAAAAUGUGAGAAGAAAUUUUUUUGCAUGUUAUCAAUUCUCAAGUAAAUGUACUUUUUUUCUAGAUAUGAAACUACAGUACUUUAUUUUGACUUUUUCAUCAGAAAGAUUUUUAUUUUUUUUAUUUGUAUUUGUGACAGCAUAGCAUGAAACAUUUUUUCUUUCUUUCUUCUUCUU